CCUGUUUGUGCUUGUGUAACAUUUCUCCCUACCGCGCCGAAUAAAAACCCUAUUAUUUUCUUGCUCUCGCGCUCUCUCUGUUUCAUAAUCUUUGUGCGCGAGCUGUGAAGUUUGAGCUUUCCUUCAUGUCUACCGCGGCGGCAGGGGGAUAUGAAGGAGGAGCAGGUGGGAAAUUUCGAAAAAGACCGUUUCGAAGACAGACGACGCCAUAUGAUCGACCAGUGACCGCACUGAGGAACCCUGUGGAAGGAGGGAACAACAAUGGAUGGCUUUCGAAGAUUGUGGAUCCAGCUUCUAGAAUUAUCGCCCGAAGUGCUCAGAGUUUUUUCUCUUCUGUGUUCCGCAAGAGACUUCCCGCUCCAGAGACGGUUUCAGCAGAGGCAGACCGUGAACUGCGUAAUGAACCUACUGAAGCAGUUUCUGCUUCACAGAAUCCUUUUGGGGUACAAGAACCAGUUGUCAAUGGAAGUGAUGACCUGAAUAAUCAUUCUGACAAUAGUGGGAUUGGUGAGCUUGAGCAGAUUCUGAAGCAGAAGACAUUUACUAGAGCUGAGAUCGACCGUUUGACUGAACUACUGUGUUCAAGAACUGUUGAUAUACCUGCCGAGGAUGAGAAGAUAAGAUCUGAACCUAGUACAUCGCAACCAGUAGCUUAUAAUCUCAAAGUGAAAUCUGCAAAUGUUCUAGUGCAAGAAAAUGGACUCGAUACCCAUAGAUUGCUGGGAGAGGCUUCAGCCCCUGCUGUUAGUUCAAGUGUCCUUGAAGAAGACAUUGCAUCGCCUGCAGAGCUUGCAAAAGCUUAUAUGGGUAAUAGACCUUCAAAAGUGUCCCCAUCAACAUUAGGUUUGCGUAGUGUCAGAGAAGAGGUACCUUUGCUAAGUAAUGUCCCAUUUCCAAGGAAGUCAUCUGGUAUGUCACGUGUACCAAGAUCAUCAGUUCGCUCUGCUGGCAUCCCUGGGGUUUCUGAAAAUGGUCAUCAGACCCCAAGAUCUCAAGGGAGAUCUGCCAUCUACAGUAUGGCUCGUACCCCAUAUUCCAGAAUUCAUACCACUGCCAAGGGUAUUGGGGAUACAGAUGAUCGGUUUGCUGGCCCAUCAACAUCUCCCUGGACGUUGGAGAGCAGCAUGGUUUCUAUUGGAAAGCAGGUCUCAAAGCGGAGGAGUUUAGUUUUAGAUAAUGAUAUUGGAUCUGUUGGCCCCAUACGCAGGAUCCGUCAAAAGACCAAUCUGAUGUCUCCUAAAAGUAUUGGCUCACUGGCUCCUGAGACUCCUAUUCGUGCUCGUGGAACUGCAUUGGGUUCUGAUUUUGCUCAAGGUUCUGUUUCUUUGACUCAGAAGCCACUUCUGUUGGAAGAACCCAGGCAUAACACCCCAAAGAUGAGAAUUGCAGUAGAUGGGAGCAAUAGCAUCCCCGGAACAAGUUUUGCUUCUGUUCCUUCUCAGUCAAGUGAGAUGGCCGAAAAAAUUUUGCAGCAGCUUGAUAAGCUGGUGCCUUCUCCAAAGGAGAAAUCAUCUGAGCUCAAGCUAGCUACUGCCAGGGAGAAAUCAUCUGCAAAACUUUCACUUAAUAUGUUACAUGGCCAGGCUUUUCAGAGGGUGGAUGAAGUAGGUUCAUCAAAGUUUCUGAAUAAUGUCCAAAGUACUGGUACUUUGAAUGCCGUUGGUGGUGCAGCUCUACCUGUUAUUCAAGAUUCUGCCUAUCGAAAGCUGGACAAAGUUGAAGAAAAUGGCUGGUUGAAGAUUGCUGCUUCUGGAAACAAAUUGGCUUCUGAGGCUAAUGGCACAGAAAAAACUGCAUUGAAAAAAGAAACUGUCCCUAGUUUUAGGACUGCAGAAUCUGUGAUUUCCAACUCUGUUGUCACCCAUCCACAGAAGAAACAAGCCUUCCAGAUGAUUGCGCAUGAGGAUUCUCUGGAGCUGGAUAAUGAUUGUUGUAUUACCAAAGGUGUACAUACAGCUGAUGGAAAUGAAAAACUAGAUGAUGCAACUGUGGAGGAGAACAAAACUGUUGCUGCUGAAACAGUUACUGUGGAGAAGCCUUCAAUUUCUGAAAACAAAACUCCUACUAGUUUGAUAUUGAACAAAUUCAGUGUUACAGGAGUUUCUGAUGGUCCCAGGGUUAAUCAAAAGAACCCUGGUUUUGCUGCUCCAGUGACAUCAAUGUUGAGCACAGUUGCUCAGCCGGCUAUCCUCUGUCAGUCACCUCCAUUGUUUGGUAAUGUAGUUCCAACAAAGGGACCACCAGCUUCUUCUGCGAUGUUCAACUUUGGGCCCGAAGUCGCAGUCGUACCAACACCUUUUACAUUUUCAUUGGUUUCCAGUUUCAGUGAAUCAUCAGGACGGAAAUUUGGUGCUGAGUCAGGCUCAGAGCUGGACACAUCAAGCAGCCCUGCUACAAUUGGUGCUACAGCGACAGAAGUUAUUACCAAAGCUGCAGAAUCAGAUACAGGGGGUAAAGAAAAUGUGCUGAAGACUGGAGACUUGUUCAGGAAACAUGAAAAUGCCACUUUUUCAAGUGUGUCAACGUCAACCACUGCAAGCACUUUCUAUUUCAACAAUUCAAAGAACAAUUCAAAUCUAAGCAAUGGUUCAAUUGCACCAUCAACUUCGUUAUUCUCAGUCCCUGCUUCUUCAGUGCCAGCUUCCACUAUUUCUGCAAAUUUGAGUUUUGUGAAUGGCUCUGCAACCACUGGCAUCACCACCACCGGCAGCCUCUCUGCCUCAGCUGCGUCCUUGGCAAUUUCUUCAGUGCCCAUAUUCCAGUUCGGAUCUGGCACCACUAUCGCAGUAGCUCCAUCAAGUUCAAUGUCACAGCCAUCAACUUCUGGGGCAGAGUCAACAGUUUUCGAGCAAAAGGCCGAGAUGGCUCCACCUUUUGGCAGUGGAAGCUUUGGUGCCACAUCUUCUUCCCUUACAAGUACAGGCAAUGGCAUUUUCGGGUUCCCCAAUGUAGCCUCUGCAAGCACUACAAGUUCCUCUACGUCUGCCAAUCAUCUGAGUUCUAACCCUUUUGGUGCUGGCACUGGACCCGUGUUUGGUUUGCAGACAGCAUCCGGAGCUGUUACUUCACCUUUUACUCAGAGUAUUCCAAGCCAGUUGGGCUCAUCUGCCGCAUCACCCACAUUUGGCCCGAGUGCAUCUUCUACUUUCAGCACUGGCAGCUCUCUAUUUGGCUCGUCAAGCUCUGCUUCUAAACUGUUCAGUUCAGGUUCUGGCUUUGGACAGAAUUCUUCAACUACCUUCUCUAUGGGGGCUAAACCUUUUAGCACUGCCAGUUUAUUCAGUUCUAGUUUGCUGCCAGAAUCAUCAGUAAUCAGUACGGCAUUUAGCUCUGCAUCUUCUCCAGCGUCAGGGUUUUCUUUUGGAGGUUCCUUGACCGCUGCUGAUGCUAGUGUUAGUGCAUCAUCUCCAGCAACAGGGUUUUCUCUUGGAGGAUCCUCAGCUGCUGGCGCUGCUACUGUUAUUGCAUCUCCGGCAACAGGGUUUUCAUUUGGAGGAUCCUCAACUGCUGGUCCUGCUACUGGUAGUGCACCAAUGGGAUUUGGCUCUGGUAUUGGUGCCUCAUCAGGGCCAGUUUUCUCAUUCACUUCAGCUUCUUCGGCCACCUUGUCGGCCUCUCUUACCUCAUCACAGCCUGUGUUUAGUGUGCCAAAUCCAAGCAUUACAUUUGGUUCAUCAUGUCCGGCUAAUGACCAGAUGAACAUGGAAGAUAGCAUGGCAGAGGACCCAGUACAAGCAUCUGCACCAAUUGUUCCGACAUUUGGCGAGCCAGCUACUACCCCUUCACCAGGUUUCAUGUUUAAUUCUGCUCCAUCAGGAGCUCCAUUCCAGUUUGGUGCCCAACAGAAUCCGGCUGCUACACAGAACUCGUCUCCAUUUCAGGCUCCUGGGGGAAGCGUCUCAUUGGGUACAGCUGAUAAAUCUAAUCGGAAAAUAUUCCGACCAAAACGAUACAAGAUGCAGAAGAAGUAGACCUUGCUUGUUCAUUAACUGAUUUGGAUGAAUUAGUGAUUUGGGAGGAACACCCUGAUCAUUUCAUGGUGCAUGAUGAGCGACUUGCUGGCUGUGCCUGAUGUUAUUCCUCAGAUGUUUAGUACUAGUAAGGUAAAUCAGCCUCUCUCAGACCUGAAGUCUGGUGGCCCUUAUACUUGGUCUUUCCAGUGCGGGCUUAUAAUGUUUCAAUUUUGGUCAAGUCUUUGUAGUGAUACCAGUGCAUGUUUGCUGUCGGUCUUUUAGUUACUUUCUGGGUCCAGGUUGAGCACUGCUGUUCAUUUCUAGUGUACUUUUCGUGUAACAUAGGAAGAAAGGCUCAUGUCUGUGAAGAACAGUUGCCUGUCAGUAGCCUUCCAUAUGCUCUCAUUUAAUAAUCUUGCUGUCUAUUGUUGGGCAAGAUGAUUUACCAAUCGAAUGUAAUGAAUGUGGUAGAGCAGGAGCACCUGAAUAUUUCAGUGGAAAUGUACAUUUUUUGUUAAGCAUUUAAAUGGCAAAUGGUUCAAAAUGGUACUAUGAGUGAA